AGUCCGUAAAAAAUAAGACCCCACCACAUUGACAAGAAUGGCCGACACGGUAGGUCAGCCGAGCGGUCGUCAGCCCAGCAGUAGUCAGCCCAGUCACAGUACAAGCAGUCAUAGUCAUCUUAAUAGCAGCUCGGCUCCCGAGAUGGUGCCACCACGGCUGGCCGCAGUGCCAGAGCACCUGGUGUCCAGGCGAAGCCCGUUCCUCGUGCGAUUACCGCUCUAUAUCGGCGCCGCAGUCGCCGGUGUCUUCCUGGGUCAGUACAUUGCACAACGGCUGAAGGACGAUCUGAAAGAGCGGCGCGCGCAGCUGCUGGCCGAGGCAGUCGAGGCGGAACGCGAAGCCAAGCGACUGCUGAGACAGGCCGCUACAGCCCAACAGCAGCAGCAGCAGCAGCAGCAGCAACAACAAAUCGCCAGCAACAAGCCAUAGUAGCACACUUUGCAAGCACAAACGAAAUGCUGGCAUGCUCCAAGUUUUGCGUUGUGCUUGAAUCUCGAGAUCGUGGUGUUUCUGUGCUGUUGGUUGCUUUUGUCUGUUUUUGUCAAAUUGAAUCGUUGUGCUGUUCUUUGGGAAAUACUACUCAGUAAUAUCCUUCA